AUGCAUUACUUCCCCUGUAACUUCUCCAUCAUUGAGAUCUCCAUGGCUUCCUUUGUGGUGCCAAAAAUGCUGGCAAGUGCCUUGUCAGGGAAGAAAAUCAUCUCCUUUGCGGGCUGCUUCAGCCAUCUCUACUUUCACUUCUCCCUGGCUGCAACAGAGCUCAUUCUCUUUGCCAUCAUGUCCUGUGACCAAUACAUGCCAAUAAGCAAACCCUUGAGGUAUCCCACCAUCAUGAUGGGAAGGGUGUGUAGCCAACUUGUCCUGGGCACAUGGGUGGGUGGCUUGGUCAUGGUCCUGCCGUCAGUGGUCCUCAAAGCCAGGCUGCUCUACUGUGGUCCCAAUGUCAUUGACCACUACUUCUGCGACAACGCACCUCUCCUGCACCUCGCUUGCACCGACACCUGGCUUGUUGAGCUGAACAGUUUUGUGGUGUCCUUUGUCCUGCUCCUGGGCUCCUUGGCACUGAGUGCAAGGUCGUAUUCUUGGAUCAUUUCAACCAUGGUCCGGAUCCCAUCAGCCCAGGGCAGACAGAAAGCAUUUGCCACUUGUGCUUCUCAUUUCACUGUGGUUUCCGUGGGUUUUGGCAUCUGCAUCUUUAUCUACACCAGGCUGUACCAGAGGGACGCCAGGCACCUCAACGGAAUACUCUCUGUCCUUUCCAGCAUUGUCACACCUCUUUUAAAUCCUUUCAUACUCAGCCUAAGGAACGAGCAGGUGAAAGAGGCCUUGAAAAAUGCUUCUUGCAGACUCCUGGGGAUGAUUAAGUGGGUGAGAAAACAUUAA